GUUACAAUCGUCAAUAUAGAGGCUGUGGCUGGGGAUCCGGUUUAUCUACCAUGUGAUAUAUCGACCAUUGAACCUGGGGAUCAAGUGUUGUUGGUUUUGUGGUAUCGUGAGGAUUUUGGAACGCCCAUUUACAGUGUCGAUGGUAGAGAGAGAGAUUUCAGCCAAGCAGAGAGGUGGUCUGAUGAUAACCUCUUCUCUAACAGAGCAUACUUCAUAGCUGACAAGCACCCUGCCGAGUUAGGGGUGGAUCAUAUCAAGGAUACGGAUCAGGGUGUAUAUCGAUGUCGAGUCGAUUUCAAAAUUGCACAAACGAAGAAUAGUAAAGUCAAUCUCACUGUAAUAGUGCCUCCACAAAAAAUCGUGAUUUCGGAUGAUUCAGGAUCUCCACAAACGUCUGUUGUUGGACCAUUUCCUGAAGGAGCAUCCUUCACUCUACGCUGUGAUGUCUACGGAGCCAAGCCCCCGCCGACAGUGACGUGGUACCGCAACGACGUCGCGGUGAGCGAGAGCAGCGUCGCGGUGCCCGCCAAAGGCCAGACGCCGUCGCACGUCCGCAGCGAGAUCCGCGUCGCCGGUCUCGGCCGCCGGGACGUCCACUCGCAGCUCACCUGCCAGGCGGCAAACAACGCCAGGACAGCGCCGCUUGCCGCCACCUUGCACGUCGACAUGAACUUUGGACCAUUAGACGUUGUUAUCCUCGGCGAUAAUCAACCACUUUCUGCCGGAAGGAGAUACGAUCUGUUGUGUCAAAGUACCGGAUCCAGACCACCAGCAACGAUCACGUGGUGGAAAAAUGGACAGAGAUUGGAGAACACUCGUGAUAUGACAUCUAAUGACGGAAAUACAACUACUAGUACUUUGUCUUUCGUACCGAAGAAAGAAGAUGACGGGAAAUACCUGUCAUGCAGAGCUGAGAAUAAAGUGGUGUCACCCGAAACUAUCGAGGAUGGAUGGAAAUUAGAGAUACAUUAUACUCCAGAGGCAAAAAUUUUACUUGGAACGUCUCUGAAUCCUGAUACUAUACGUGAAGGUACCGACGUCUAUUUUGAUUGUAUUGUGAACUCCCAUCCUUUGGUCUACAAAGUGGAAUGGAGACAUAACGGCAAGACUCUGAACAUCAACGUGGGAGCCGGCAUAAUCAUCAGCAACCAGAGUUUGGUUCUUCAGGGAAUAUCCAGAGCGACUGCUGGUAAUUACACUUGCGUAGGCUACAACACAGAAGGCGACGGUGAAAGCAAACCGUUUUUUCUCAACGUUCUGUACACGCCGGUUUGCAAACCCAACCAGACCAGGAUCUACGGCGUGGCCAAGCAGGAGCGAGCCCAGAUCGUAUGCCAAGUGGACGCCAACCCCGCGGACGUCCAGUUCAAGUGGACGUUCAACAACUCCGCCGAUUCGGUGGACGUCGCAUCCUCCUUCAUCAUGCGUACCGGCACGUCCAGCGUGGUCACAUACACGCCCAUGUCGGAGCUGGACUACGGCACGUUGCUGUGCUACGGCACCAACAAGAUCGGGUCGCAGAGGGUGCCGUGCGUCUUCCACAUCAUCGCUGCAGGUCGCCCAGAUCAAGCACAUAACUGCACAGUCUCAAACAUUUCGAUGACAUCAUUCUCCAUCAGAUGUUCAGAGGGAUUCAAUGGAGGACUUUCCCAAUCAUUUCUCCUCGAGGUGAGGGAGAGCCAGAGUCAAGAAAUCAGAACCAACUUGACAUCACCUGUUGCCAGAUUCCUGGUAACAAACCUACAAGCAGGAGCCCAGUAUCAGCUAACUCUUUUUUCAUACAAUUCGAAGGGUCGGAGUGAACCAGCAGUUGUGCAAGCAGCAACUUUGGGGUUACCAGAAAAACAGCUGACAGGCGAACAAGAUAAUCAUAAAACAGGAUUCCGAUUCACACCAAUGAUGAGUGUCCUAACAGGAGUAUUCUCAGCACUGAUCAUCGUGGCAUUGAUCGUGAUAUUGGUACUUCGAUUGCAGUGCACGCACAAUCACAACAGGCGAAAAACUCACAAGAAUAUAUCAGGAGCGGAUAUGGAGCAUAGGAGGUCGAAUAGUGAUCAAGCACUGAGUGAUAAAGGAGGUGGAAGUCCAAUAUCAAAACAUGAAUCUAGUGGCGGAGAAUGCGAUAGUGACGAGAAAAAUCCAGACAUCAUUCCGCAGCCAAACGAUGUGGAAGAAUCGACAUACUCAUGGAAAAGGCAGCACGUUUCCACGAUAGAAACAUCUCCCAGCCGCAGUCUUCUUCAUCAGACCGGAAACCCGUCGUCUUAUAUGGGUUAUUGUACCCUCAGGAAUGAGAUACCAGCACAUGAGUUUUCCCCCCAAUCAAAGUUGAUGUCCGGCCCUCCUCGAAUAAUGAGCCCCUUCUCCUCCAGCACGAUGCCCCGCCAGUCGCCGCACCAGUGGCAGUACACCCCCUCCAACCACCCGCGGCCCCCUGUCCACCCCCCGGCGGCCUACAGGGGCGUGCACCCCCAGCAGUGGCUGGGCCCUCAGCAGAAAGAGCCCCCCAUCGCGCUGCAAGCGCUGCCGACCACUGAGGAGGAGCCCUCGGCCGAAACGCCGCUGGUGGCCAACAAGCGGGAGAGUACCGUCUGA